CGCACAGAGACUUAAGCGUGUUUACAAAAUGGCAAAAGGAGAGAAACAUUUCUGAUGUUGUCCUCUAAGGCUCCCCUUUUAUUUCCACUUCCUACUUCCUGUUUCCAGCCUGGCUCUGCAAUCAGUCUAUUUCAGCUAUGGACAGGUACUUCCUGUUUCUGUGAACUUGACGGCAGCCCUCAAAGGUUCAGCUAUCAUGCCUGUUAGUUUUGGGACCUUGUAACCCUCCAGAACCCACCCUCCCAACUCCCUUACCAUCCCCCUUUCACCUCCCUUGUCUAAUCCACAAAAGAGCUUCACAAAAAUGGAGGCUCGUGAAUCAGCUGCCGCUGGGCAGAAGUGCCCAAAUAAAGAACCAGUAAAGGACAAGACGCCUCUGCAUAGACAGUGGGCCUCUGAGCCCUCUGCAACCACCAAACGAAGCACUUUUGCUGACCCGGAGGCAAAACAUCGGGAGAGUUUGCCGUGCGGUGCCACUGGGGGAUCAGCACCCCAGCAGAAGUACGGAAUCACAGGGAAUACUGGGAAGCUGCUAUCUGGACCCUCUGCAGUUGGGGCCAUAGGAGGCCCGCCAUCUCAAGACUCCCAAGGGCCCUUUGCUCAGGGGUUCCCGAGGGGAUACGCCUACCAGCUGGGCCAGCCGUACCCUCAGCACCCUCAAACUGAGCGCUUCCUCUCAGGAGCCAAACCACAGCCAGGCCUCGAGCCUCACGCCUGGCCAUUUGCCGGCCAGUUGCCCUCAGAUGAUUUGUACCCUGUAGGACACCCAGGACACACUCACCCACAUGGAGUUGGGGCAGGGAGGUUUCCACGGCAGAAAUCUCCCAGUUUACCUAGCUCCUUCGGACAGUAUUCUCAGUCAGGCCCCGAGCCUGGAGAUGAGGGCUACGGCAAAAAAGAGCAAAAACCGAAAAAACCCGGAAAGUACAUCUGUCACUACUGUGGCCGAGCUUGCGCCAAGCCUAGCGUCCUGAAAAAGCACAUCCGCUCACAUACUGGAGAGAGGCCAUAUCCCUGCGUACCCUGCGGCUUUUCCUUCAAAACCAAGAGCAACCUUUACAAGCAUCGCAAGUCCCAUGCUCAUGCCAUAAAGGCUGGACUCGUACCAUUUUCAGAGCUAGCUGUGGCGCGCAGUGGGGACAUGGACCAGGCGUCCCAAGUGGGCGAAGCUGAGGUCCACUCAGAUGGAGAGCAGAGCACUGACACAGAUGAGGAAGGUGUGGAGGGCUCAACCAUGCUGACCGACAAAGACAGCCCCAUCCCACAGCUCUCCUUUGAAGCUGACAAGAAUACAGGUGGUGUGGAACCAGCAUAUGCAGAUUCAGCUGAAGAGUUGCCCGUGGGGUCUAUGAAAGUGCCUAUUCUUAUUGUCCCCAAGUCGGGGGGAGUCCCCUCCACAGGGAUGGAGUGCCCGCCCUUUCAAGACAUAAAAGCAUCACACCACAUGUUGGCGUCGCAGGCUGGCAGAAGAGUACAUUCACUGGAUGACUCCCCCACCAUCAAACAGCGACUGGCCCUGAGACUGAAUGAGAAAAAAGGCCACGAUCCUGACUCUGCCAUGUCCCAGUCCCUGAACCUCCUCAGUCCUCACAGCAAGGGCAGCACAGACUCUGGCUACUUUUCCCGCUCUGAGAGUGCAGAGCAGCAGAUCAGCCCUCCGAAUACUAAUGUAAAGACGUACGAAGAGAUUAUGUUUGGUCGGACUUGGUACUACCGACCCAACUCCAGAUCUAGACAGUCUAUCACGGUGGGUAUGGCUGGGGCGGACCCGAGCAGCCUAGCUAGCUUAAAGCAACCAGGUGCAAUUCUGGACAUGGGGAAGAUAGCUGAGGAUCAUAUCUGUUUCAGAGGGGAUGUAGGAAUCUCUGGAGAUCCCAAGCAGUAUCCAACAGGACCUUGUCAGAGCAGUACAGGGCUUCUGGAGCCUCCAUCGGAUUCUGGAACCCUUAUUAGGAGUAACUCCAUGCCAACUUCCUCCCCUCCUAACCUAAGUGUACCUCCUGCAAUUCGAGGCAGCCACUCCUUCGAUGAGAUGAUGACGUCUGAUGAUGUGUUUUACCCACCAGGGCUUCGCAGACUCAGAAGGCAGGCCGCAUUCGAACAUUCAGCCAAUGAAGCCCAUGUAGGAGAGGCUGAGGGCUACGGACAUAUGCCUAAGACUUUACCUUCAUCUAUGGGUAUGAAGAUUAGUGAGCGACCCCCAGGAGUCCCAGAGCACAUUGCCUAUAGCCCAUAUGGUACUAAAGUUAGCAUGUCAGAAAUCGCCACAAGAAAAAGAAGGAAAGAGAAGAGUGUUGGGGAUGAGGAGGACAGCCCUGGACACUGUGACAGUAGCUGUAGUGGUUCAGUAGAGAUGAUGGGGGACUAUGAAUUUAAAGGUAGUUUUGAUGGGUCCAGAGGCACCCCGACAGGGAAGGGCUCUCUUCACAGUGCUCACAGCCAGUCUGACAGCUUUGACACCUGUGCCAGCAUGUGCUCUGAGGACAUUGCACUGUUUACUGACUCUGAGGGGAGGAAGGCAGCUGGGAAUGUUAUAUCAGUAAUCCAGCACACCAACUCCCUCAGCCGGCCAAAUUCUUUUGAGAAGUCAGAGUCCUUUGAGCAGCCAGGUUAUCAGCCUUCAGAAAAAGCUCCAUCUAGCCAGUACUCUGAACAGUCCGACACAGACAUCUUUGAAGAUGCUCUGAGUCCUGAGUCUGCCCUUUUGAGGACGGAGAGUAUGGAGCAGCAGCUGCAGAGUGACAGUGACAUGGCCUCCCUCUCAUCUUCAUCAGCUGCAGCUUCACCUGGCCAGCCUUAUCACAUCCCACACAAACUAGUCCGGCAACCCAACAUCCAAGUUCCUGAAAUCAGGGUGACGGAGGAGCCAGACAAGCCUGAGAAAGAUACAGAAGCUCCAAUGACCAAGGAACCGGAGAAGCAGCAGCAGCAUGUGGAGGAGUUCCAGCUGCCACAGAGGAGUGACACUCUCUCCCAGAUGCCAUCAGAAAAGCUCCCACCCAAGAAGAAGAGGCUGCGCCUCGCGGAUAUGGAGCACUCGUCUGGAGAGUCUAGCUUUGAGUCGACCUGCACCAGCCUUUCUCGCAGCCCCAGUCAGGAGAGCAACCUGUCCCACUCCUCUUCCUUCUCCAUGUCCUUUGACAGAGAUGAAGGCCUCAAGUCUGGCUCACCUACCAAACAGGAUGACUCGUCGGCCCCCGGUGGUGGAGCUAAACAGUCGGAGUUCCUGACGGUGCCUGGUAGUAGUCAUUCCAGCCACCAGCAGCAGAGGGAGAUGAGGAGGUCUUCAUCGGAGCAGGCACCAUGCACACUGCCCACAGAGUUGCCUGAAAUGCGCAGCAAAUCCUUUGACUAUGGAAGCCUGUCAACUUCACGACAGGGAGAGCUUUACUCCAGUGCCUCUGCAAUGAAGGAACGGCGGCGUGGAUAUCUUGUUCGACAGCAUUCAUUGAGUGUUUACCCAGAGGCAGUCACUCAGGAACCAGGGGGUGCUGAGAUGUCAAUCAAACAGGAGAGCUUGGAACAGGGCGUGUGGUCUGGCCCGACAGGAUCACCACACAGCAGCAUCGAUGGGGCCAGCAGAACCAAGAGAGUUGGCAGUAGUCCUGGUGGAUCUCACCAACACCAACAGCACCACCAGCAUCUACUCCAGCAGAGUAUCAGUGAGGACAGCCUGCAGGACGAGCCUCUCUAUGGCAGGUCCCAGCAGCAUCGCCUGCAGGCCCAGGGUUCUUCAUCUGAGGGGGAACAUCCAUGUCACGAGGUCCUGAACAAGGAAGGCAUGCAGCAGUACCAAAGUAGUCCCCCCUUCCUUUCUUUCCAGCCACCAGGUCUAUACUGGAAUCAGGAGGCCGGUCCGACGCCCAGACCGCAGCUGACCCUCCAAGCCCAACAACAAAUCCAGAAACUACACAUCAGAUCUCAGGGCAACCUACCUGGACACCCACUCCACAAACAACAGCAGCUCCACUCCCUGCAGCAAAUCCAUGAACAGCCACAUGACGGAAAACCGGAAAGUUCUCAGAUGUACCCUGCCUCUUUCUCAUCUCGGUCAUCCCCUCUAUCUCAUCAGCAACCACAAAACUUUGCCUCUCUCUCCUCUAAGCUCCCCCUGCCCAGCUCAUCCAACACCUCCAUGCUUCUCCAGCAGAUCCAACCUGUCUUUGCCACCCAGAACCUGGGCUCCCAGGCCUCUCUGCCUGGUAUAUUAGUUCCUGUGCGGAUCCAAACCCAUGUGCCAUCGUAUGGGAGUGUUAUGUACACCAGUGUUAGCCAGCUGAUAACUACCCAUGGCAGUGGAGCACACGGUGUAGGCUUAGCCAGGCCAGGCGGUGCUGACAGCAGCAACAUGUCUCCUCCAGUUGGUGUUAUGAAUGUCAGUAAACCCCCUGGAGGAGUUGGAGGAGGCAUAAGUGGAACAGGGUUCAACCUAUCACACUUCUUGGGACAGACUGACGGGGCAGUGCUACGCUAUCCAAACUGGAAGGGUCCAGAUUCACUGCCAGAGCAACGUGUGAACACAGGGAUCCCGCUGUCACUAACGUCAGGCACCAUUUCCACCACAGACGCCUCGGGAUCUGGCAUCGGAGGCAGCAAACGAAUGCUUUCCCCUGCCAGCUCUCUGGAGCUAUUCAUUGAGACUAAGCAGCAGAAAAGAGUGAAGGAGGAAAGGAUGUAUGGACAGAUUGUUAAGGAGAUGAGCGCUGUUGAGCUGAGUGGAACUGAAACCAGUAGCAAGCCUGAGAAGGAUCAAGGCAGAUGUCAUCGAGCUCCUCUUAAGAGCGAAGCCUCCAUGGAUGAUUCUGAAAGGAUGUCUUCUUCUCCUCCACUAAGCGACUUCCCUGUUGCCACCAAAAUUGCCAUUCCCGUGCGUUCCUCUGCCCCCCAUCUCCCCGAUGUACCCCGGGCAGAGAGCUUUACCCCUCCUCUCCAGAUUGUCACAGAUCGUUCUCCAGUUUCAUGUGGCCGGGACUCCCCAGAGGAGCUCGAUGUGGACGAUUCAGCCCCAGAGCCCAGCUCCAGCCCCCACUCCAUGGUCUCCUGCAACGAUGCUGAGGACACGGACAACACCAAGCAUCCCUCAUCCAGUAAACUCCCUGUUAGCAUGCUGGUUCAGCUAGCUGCCAACCAAAGUCCAGGAUUAUCCGGAGCAGUGGGCCAGACUCUGCUCGUCACGGAUGUAGCCGACGUCCAGCAGUUUUUCCAGUUCCCGAGCCUGCGCACCAUGAGCAGAGUCAGCUGGUGUUUCUUGAACUACACCAAACCCAACAGCACCCAGGCUGCCGUGCGAAGCUCCGUCUACAACUCGUGGUGUGUAAGCUCAUAUAACCCCAAUCCUCUGAACCUCAGCACCAAAGCUGCGCUGAACCUGUUAAGGUCCAAACAGAGGAGGAACACUGACCAGAUGUACACAAUGGCGGCCAUGUCGCCACCCAGCUCUGGAAAAUUGGUGUCAUCUGUGGCCUGGAAGCUGAGGUUUGAUCAGCUGAAGCCAGAGCUGAUGCCUGUUGAUGUCAGUCACUUUGGGAGGAAGAUGAAGGGAGUGGUGUCGUGGGACCGUUCGAAGGAGGAGCAGGUGGAGAAGGAGGUCUCGGUCAAACAGCCCGCCAACGAACCGACCCGCAUCAAGAUCUUCGAAGGCGGGUACAAGUCCAACGAGGACUAUGUUUAUGUUCGCGGUCGCGGUCGAGGGAAAUACAUCUGCGAGGAAUGCGGCAUCCGCUGCAAGAAGCCGAGCAUGCUGAAGAAACACAUCCGAACGCACACCGACGUCCGGCCGUACGUCUGCAAGUUCUGCAACUUCGCCUUCAAGACCAAAGGAAACCUGACGAAGCACAUGAAGUCUAAAGCUCAUAUGAAAAAGUGUCUGGAGUUGGGAGUCUCCAUGUCUUCAGUCGAGGACAACGAGGCAGACGACGCCGACGUUGGAGAGGAAGGUCAGAGGUCUGAGAAGAUGUCCAGAGGUGCGAUGGCAGAUCACCAGUUCUCCGACGCCGACGACUCCGAUGGCGGCGAUGAUGACGGCGAUGACGUGGACGACGACGAAGACGAGGAAGACGACUACGACGGCGACUCCACCCCGAAGACUCGCUCACGCUCCACCAGUCCGCAACCGUACAGCCUUCCCUCCAUGUCCAUCACAGCCGUGGCUUCCUCCCACCCGGCUCCUCACCUCUCUCAUCAUCACUCGGCGUCCGACCUGCUGGGUCACGCCAACAAGCCGCCGCUGUUCGGCUACUUCACCACCGUGCCGAGCAUCCAGAUCACUCCGCAGGCUCCGCUCAGCGACCGGGAGCGAAGCCAGGCGGAGUACCAUCGAAGCCUGCAGGGGGCGCUGGGCGGCAGGCUGCUGGCGCCUCCCUCCUCAAUGGAUGAAGACCUUUCCAUCCCCUCUCCGGACCUCUCCUCGCCCUCCUCCCGCCUCUCCUCACCAGGGCUGGACCACUCCGGCUGCCCAUCCCCCAUCUCCCCUUCGUCCUCUCCCUCAGCACGACGGUACCUCUCCCCACGUCGAGACCUCUCGCCUCGGGCCGGACACCUCUCGCCCAGAAGGGAUAUCUCUCCUCUGCGUCACAUCUCCCCUAAGAGGGACCUCGGGGCGGCGGGAGGAUACAGACGAGACCUCUCCCCCAGGAGGGGACAUCUCUCGCUGCUCUCCCCUCUCUCUCGGCCCACAUCGCCAGCAGGGAGGGACUACAAGCGUGACCUCUCGCCGCGAGGCCGCCACAAGAUGAUCCGGCCUGUUUCUCCUCGCAGGGGGCUUCACCACCAAAGCCAGCAGAGCGGAGCGCGGGGCCUGAGGCCGGUUCACCAGGCCGGUCUGCCGGGUCAGGCAGAGCUCAGCAAUUUGGGACGACACAGAGCCAGUACAGAAAUGGAGACGGAGUAUCUUCCGGGUUCACCGUCGCCAGGGGAACAUGACCAGGGCAAUCGCCAUGGUAACCAGUCCAGCCCACCUCACCAAGUCCUGUUCAGUCACCUUCCCCUCCAUUCUCAACUCCAGGUGCGUUCGCCCUACCCGAUGAUCCCCAUCGGAGGGAUCCAGAUGGUACACUCCGUCCCAUUGUCCGUCACCACUCCUCUGGCCCAGCAGGGGGCGCAGCAGGCCGCGUCCCGCCUGCCGCUGCAGAAGAGUACGUCGGAGGACUCUACCACCAGUGAGGCUCCGCAUUUCACCUCGGUCACCUCCGAGAGGGGAGGAGGAGGAGGAGGCGAGAGGCUGAGGGAGCUGCCGUCACCUCACCCCUUCCUGCAGGAGAAGGAAGGAGGAGGAGGAGGAGGAGUGAGGCCGGAGCAGGAGGAGAGCAUCCACACCUGCACCAAGGCCAUCGCCUCGCUCUGCAUCGACUCAGAGGAGAACGCUGAGAGACGAGGAGGAGGAGGAGGAGGCCCUUCACCCUCCCCUUCUUCUCCUCUUGACUCCCAACAUCAACAUCAUCAUCAGCAGCAGCAUCAUCAUCCUCAGCAGCAGCGCUCCCCAUCCAUCUCCAUGUCGGCUCCCUCUCCUCACCCUUCGCCAUCGCCUCCACAAGGUCCCGGGAUUCAGCACUUUACCGGCCUCGAGCUCAGGCCUCCCCACCCCUCCCCUUCAUCCUCGCCUUCCUCCUCCUCCUCCUCUUCCUCCCCUCAUCCUCAUCCUCACCCUCACCCUCACCCUCAUCCUCACUCUCCCAGCCCCGGAUCUGAAACCUCCAUCCAGCAGCAGCCUCCAUCUGCAGCGUCCAAACCUCUCAGGCUGGAGAGAGACAGGGAGGCGGCAGAAAGCACAAAAAGAAGCAAAGACGUGUCGUAGUUCCUGCAGCAGAAGAAGAAGAGGAAGACAAAGAAGAAGAAGACGAAGAAGAAGAAGACGAAGAAGAAGAAGAGGAGGCGAUUAAUAAUAAUAGGAACGGAUGGAUUUCUUCUGUAUUUCGUUCGUUUUUUGGAUAAUAGGAAGGGAUGAAGUGCAACAGAGAGAGAGAAAAAACUUUUUUGCACACUUUACACUCACAUAUUCUUCUAUUACACACACAUGCACUCUCUCUCUCUCUCUCUCUCUUUCUGUCUCUCUCUCUCAUAUACAUACAAAGAAAAAACAGCUCUUGUCAAAAAAGAAAACAGACUUUUAAAAACCCACACAAAUGGACUUUUGCAGUUUUUAAAUGUGUGCAGCAGCAGCAGCAGCAGCAGCAUGCCGGCUCUGAACCUGGAGGAGGCGGUCCUGCUCUCAGAGAUACUUUCUUAUUUAAAAAAAAACACUUUUAAAAAGAGGAUCUGAAUACGGUUACACAUGUACGGUAACUCCCAAAAAAAACAAAACAACCAACCAACACAUGAGCCCGACCAAAAAGAAAAAAAAAAAAGGACUCUGGUUUCAGCGGUACGUCAGAAAUAAACAAAAAAACAACAACAACAACAAAAAUCGGACAGCUAUGUGUGUGCCUUUUCUUGAAUCUUUUUUUUGGUUUUUUGGGGUUUUUUUUUUUUUUUUUUGCUUAUAUUCUUAUAAGCAAACAAAGCAGGAAGGUUAAUGUAAAUACAAUAUUAUCAAGUUUUGCGUAUCAGCUUUGUAAUAAAUGCAACCCCUACCUUCCCCUUUCCUAUCCUCCUCCUUUUUCUCUCUUUUUCUCCUCCCUCCUUCCCUUCCUUCCUUUCCUUUCCUUUCCUUUCCUCCUGUCCUGUGUUUGCCCCCCCCCCCCCCCGCCCACUUCCCCGUUUCUCCCCACCUUUUAAAAAGUCUCGACAAGCGAUGUGAAGUUAUGGAUAUUUACUAUUAUUAUUAUUAUUAUUACGUACGGUUGCACUAAAACAUAUUUUUAUAUGAGUGAAAUUUAAAAAAAAUUGCUUUUUUUGUGUACAGCAGCAAUUCUAUAUAAUACUAUUUAUUAUUAUUGUUACCAUGUUUCAUAAAAAAAAUUGUAAAUUUUUUUCUUAAAUGUCGUGGAUGCCUUUUUCUAUGUAAAGCAUGAUGGGUUUUUUGCUAUAAUCGCUUACAAAUUUAGGGGGGCGAGGAUAUGUACACUGUAAUAUGGCUUUAUAUGUUUAGACCUAUUUAUAUACGUCUAAGUGAGCCCUCCCACCCCUCCUCUCCCCCUCUCUCUCUCUCUCUCUCUCUCUCUCUCUCUCUACUUGGAGGUAUAUACACAUAGAAGUUAAGAUUUACCAGAAUAUUUACCCAAGCAUAUGAAUACAAACAGUAUAUAGAAUCUAUCAACCUGUCUAUCUUUAUCUAUCUUUAUCUAUCUUAUCUAUAUCUGCACUUAACAUUUAGAAUGACAUUCACAUUAAAAAAAAAAAGGUUAUGGUAGUUUUUUGCUUGUACAUUCUCUCUGCUGCUCUUUGCCUGUCCCUGGUUGUGAUUUUUCUAGUUUUCUUUUUUUUUUACACUUAAUUUUGUGGUAUUAUUAUUAUUAUUAAAAUUAUAAAUAUAAUUCUUUUUUUUUUGUUUUACUUUUUAACGAGGCACAGACUCUCAGCAUUAAGUGAAUGAACAUGCCUUCUUCUUCUUCUUCUUGCACCGUGGCAUUCUGCUCUGUUGUUGGUUUUAAACACCCCCCCCCCCCCUCCCUCCUUCACCUCUUCCUCCUCCUCCUCUUCCUCCUCCUCCUCUCUCUAACACCUGCCUCCGUUAAGGUGUCGAUGUUAUGCAGAUUUUAUUAUUAAAAGGGUAGCUCCGCGCAUUUUGUCACACCGCCUUUUGCUUGAAUGAAUAAAAAGAGGUUUUUUUUAAUAUACAUGGGAUAUCUGAACGGAGAAAACAUUCCAGUCCAUGUAAAUAUUCACUCAACCGGCCCCCUUUUUCCUUUCUUUUCCUUUCCUUAUCUUUUUUUUUUUGGCAUUGAUGCACAUUACGGCCACAGCAAUCAACCCACUGACGCUCUUUUUUUUAUUUAAUGGCUUUAUUUUCUUGGGAAAGGGUGUUGGGUGGGGGGGGAUACAUACUAACAAAUACACCAAACUCUCUGACAAAAAAAUGCACCUUAUAUUUCUUGGGAUCUCUGCUAUGAAAGUCGCAUCACUCUGAUCAGUUUUUCUGCAGCAAACAUUGAUUAAACUUGUUUAGGAGGGGAACUGCUCUGCUCUCUGAAACCCAAAAACCGUCUGAAAAAGUGACAAUAAUAAUAAAAACAUUUAAACAGUUGUGACAUUGAAGCUUUUCUGCACUGCUUUUUUUGACCCUUCUGUGAUCGCCCCUCCUCCUCCUCCUCCUCCUCCUCUCCUGGAUAUCCCUUUUUGUAGCUAAGCAAUAUUUAGCCAAAACUCUGCACACCAGCAGGGAGAGUAUUUGUUGCAAGGCAACAAUAGAAAAUACUUAAAAAUCCUAAAAUCAGGAGAAGAAGGGAGCAGUCGGGGGGGUUGCUGUGAUUUCAGUCUCACUUUCUAUUUUGACAGUUUUGGGCGGAGCCGGGCAGGCUGCAAUGUGAGUGUGUAUCUCUGUAUUCUGUAUCGGUGUGUAUUCGACCAGUAUAUCCUCUUCUUACGACUUUUUUCUAUUUUGAUCCUCCCUCUGUUAUGUUGUACACUUAUCAUGACGACAAUGAUGUCUUUAAAAAAAAAAUCUCUUUUCUCUGUUUCAAAGAUAUCAAAGCACAAGUCAUUGUAUAGAAAUGACAACAAUACAACAAAAAAAGGACAAAAAAAAGGUAAACGUGCAUAUAAAAGGGUAACUUUUGUGAUGGUGUUCUGUGGAAUUAAUACAAAUAUCAUGUAUGACCCCAGUUGCAACAAGGAAUCGCAGUAGAAGUGGAAAAAAUGGAUUGUUGUUUUCAAAUAAAU